AUGUUUCCAGAAAAAGAAAAUAAAGAUGGGAAAUCGAAGCUGCCCCUCAAGAAGAGAAUUGAGAAGACUAUAAAGCAGGAAGAUGGUUGCUCCGUCAAAGAAGAAAAACAAUCGGAUGGCCCUGAACAAAAUGACAAGCCGGCUGAUAAUAUACCACCAAAGAUGGAAACCCCCCUGAUGUACUCCUACGAGAUCACAAAGAAUAUAGAGAUUGUAACCAUUGAUGAUGACGAGCGUCACAAAGAGUACUUGGAGACGCUGAAGUCUCGUCAGCAUAUGCGCCAUGUCUGCGAGAACUGUGCUGUUGGCUUCGUAUUAAAACAGGCUUAUGAUGACCACAUGAAGGUGCAUGCUCCCGAAUCAGGCGAACAUGAAUGCGUGAUCUGCCAUUCUCGUCUGAAGACGGCAGACAUGCUUUACAGGCAUCGGUUACGGCAUUACCGCCGGUACCGGUGUCUCCUCUGCAGGAUGCGGUUCAAGGAUAAGGACACGGCAGCUUGCCACGUCAUGAAUGACCAUAUCGGUCAGACUUUUGAGUGUGAUCGAUGUGGGAGAGGAUUCAAGCGACCCCAAUACCUGAAGAGGCAUGUGGAGCAGUAUCACACGAAGCCACAUCGCCUGGAGUGCGCCGUUUGUCUUCGUGUCUUCCACGAGCGCGGCUGGUACAGGUCUCACAUCAGGACGCACAACGAGGAAGUUAAGGCGAAGACGGUGAAGUUGCCCGCCACGUGCACCAUCUGUUCGCGCGACUACAAAACUAAAUCGAGUUUAAAGCGCCAUCUAUUGACGCACGACCAUAACUCUUACUGUCGAAUAUGUUUCGUCAAGUGUAAGAACAGGAGCACGCUUGGCGAACAUUAUUUAAAGGAACACAAUGAAAAAUAUCAAGGGGUAGCGGAGGAGACGUGCCCGCACUGUGAGCGGGUGUGUGUGACUCGAGCGAUGUUGAAGCGGCAUAUACAACGCAUGCACGCCGACAGAACUAAAAAGUACCAAUGUGAUCACUGUCAACGUCUCUACCUGACUAAGGGCGAGGUUCGUGCUCACAUAAUGUGGUCUCACAUGCCAGCUGAGAUCCGAGGCGGCCAUGCCUGUCCCUGUGGCAGGAUCUUCCGAAGCCCCUCGUUACUCCGCAGCCACAAAGCCAGGUUCCAUGACUCCCAGCCACCGCCCAGAGUACAUCAGUGUGAUCACUGCGAAAAAGCUUUUGCGAACAAGCAAGUCCUAAACCGCCACAAGAAGAGUCAUUCCAACGAGAUGUACCCCUGCAAGGAAUGUGGCUUACUCUUCAAAACGCAGCCCUAUGUAAAAGUGCACUAUCAGCUCAAACACCUCAACAUGACAAGAGCAGAAAUCAAAGCCCAAAGGAAAUUGAACAAGGAAAAGAUUAUACAGAACAAUAUCCACAACACCCUCAAUUGGGAACCGAUUAUGACCAGCAGAAAAGAUAUUGUACCUGCUGUUGAGGAGACAGAUCCUCUUCUACUUGAGGAUAAUGAUGGUGAUUCUAAGAUUGCAGAGAAAAUUGAGAUUGAAGUCCCACAGUUUGAAACUUUCAUUGAUAUUCGAAGGGAGUAAGGAGGCGGUUAGGCAAUAUUGUCAGUCCCUCUAAUUAAAUGGUACUCGAAUAAAACAGAAAAGUCGAUGUAAUGUCGGAAUUUACUUACUUCUCGUGAAAGGCCAUAAACAUAUCGGUUUCAUACAUUUACUAAACUUAUUUGUACGUUUGGUCAAACUUAUGAAGCCGACGCGUUAAAGCGCAUCACGAUAACGAUACGCAUUCCUAUUUGUAAUUGUGGAAGAGACAUAAUGGUUAAAUCCCACAUUUGUACGCCAUGUUUCCAUUUGGAAUGAAGCUACCGUUUAUUUUCACUAGAUGGCGCUAUUGUAAUUUUUUUUAGAUAUUGAC